UCAUCAGCUUUUUAUCUGUCAUUUCUCGGGUUUCCACUAUCAAUGUGAAACUAAAGGUGUUAGAAUACAAAAAUAAUUACAUGUGAAAUAAACUUAUUGCUUUAUAAUAAAUUCUAAAACAUCAUGGCAGCUAUAGAACUUCCCUAUGAGGUUCUAGUGUACCUAUUUAAAUAUUUACCAACAUCUGAUCGGAAGUCUGCUAGCGAAACAUGCCAUGCAUGGUAUCAAGCUGCUAAUGAUUAUUGUUUUCUAAAAAACAAAACAAUUAUACUUUAUAAAACUGAUUUAAAUGGUGAAACAACACCACUCCAAAUUAUUGAAAAUUCUGUAACACCUUAUUUUAAUUUCUUAUUCAGUGAAGUAGAAAUAUCAAACAAAUUAAAUGGAUUCUGGGAGAAAACAGGAGGAAAUAUUAAAUGUUUGACGAUUAGAAAAUGUGAUAUACAUGAAAAAGUUAUAGAUAACAUCUUACAGAAAUGUAAUUCUCUUGAAACAUUAAAUAUACAAAGCUGUAAAGAGCUUUUUAUGUCAGGCUGUCUACUAGAUAAGACAAACAGUUGGAUAGUAAACAGUUUGAAAAAUUUAAAAAGCCUGAGUUUAUCAGAAAACAAAUAUAUAACAGAUGCAUUAUUUUAUAGAUUUGUUAAAAAUGCUCCUAUAUUAGAGGAUUUGUGUUUAUCUUUAUGCCCUUUGCAAUUUCAUGGAGGUUUUGAUAAGAAAUUCUAUCCUAAUACAAAUGAUAUUUUUGAAAAUCCAUCACAGAGUGUUUUUACAUUUUAUUUUGUUUUACAAUUUAUAGAAUCUAGAGCUAAUCACAUAAAAAGCAUGGUAUUAUCUAAUACUUUAAUAGAUGGAGCUGCUUUGAAAGCCUUAUCAGAAAUUAAAAACCUGAAGUUAGAAAGUCUUCAACUAAACACCUGUGAUCAACUCACAAAUGCAGGCAUUAUAUCGUUGACAACACAUCAGCAAACUCUCAGAGAAUUAGAUAUUGGUCUGUGUACACGGGUUACUGACCAAUCUCUGAUGUAUAUCAGUGAAAAUCUGAUAAAUUUAGAGUCGCUUAAUAUUCAAAGAUGCAGAGCCGUUACUAACUUGGGAAUAACUGAAUUAUAUAAAUUGAAAAAACUAAAACAUCUAAAUAUCUCACAAUGUGAACUCAUUACUAGAGAAGGCAUUGAGAAAGGAAUUUGCAAAUCAGAAAAUGUCACAUUGCAAAAAUUGGAUAUAAAUUCCUUAAAUUUAGUACAAACUGGUGUUAUAAUGAUCUCUGAAACAUUUACAAAUUUGCGCUUUAUAGAUUUAAGUUUUUGUUUUAAUGCCGUUACUGACACAUCAAUACAAGUAAUUUUUAAAAAUCAAUUAUUUUUACACACAUUAAAAAUAAGUUACUGUGAUAAAGUCUCAGAUGCUGGUUUAACUGGCAUGGGGAAAGUUGAAACAGGUGAUGAUGAAGGACCUGUCAUGUCCAAUUAUAAUGAAGUCAGUAUGCCUAAUAGAAUACAUUUAGGUUCGAGAGCUGAAGAGGAAAUUAUUCGUGAUGCAAGAAGGAAAAGAGAUGUUAUGAGAAUGUGUGAAAAAUUGACUUUAGAUUCAUAUACUGGUUACUCUUUAGCGCGAAUGAAAUGCCUUCAAGAACUUAAUAUCAGUGGCUGUAACAGGAUCACAGAUGUUAGUUUAACAUAUGCUUUCUCAUUUAAAGAACUCCGAAGUCUUAAUUUGAGUAGAUGCCAACAAAUAACAGUAGAUGGCAUAAAACAUCUAGUCAAAAACUGUCCAAGCAUUGAGUAUUUAAAUCUAAACGACUGUUAUAAUUUAAAAGAUGAUGCUGUGAUCGAGAUUGUGAGAGGCUUAAAGAGGUUACAAUAUCUUGAAUUAAGAGGUUGUAACCAGCUAACUGAUAAAACUUUGGAAGCAAUAAGAGAUCAUUGCAAGAUUCUUAAGGUUUUGGAUAUUCAAGGUUGUCAAAACAUAUCAGCAGAAUUGGGAUGCGCAAUUGGAACUUCACCUACGCUUCAUACUGUAUUAAUGUCCAAACCAGGUCCAUGUAUUACUAAUAGAGUAAAGAACAGACCACCGACACCACCUCUUCUUUAUAUAUUACGAGAACUACGUUUGCACUAAGAUAGUACUAUGUUGUUAUAGCAGAUAAGUUUUAAAUUAAAAUCGCCCAACUAAAAAUUUAGCUUAGUUUGUAAUUUUUCUUCUUAUCAGAAAUUAAAGUUAUGUACUAAAAUUAUUUUAGCUUAAAAUUUAUCUUUAAUACCAUUGGUUUAUUAUAAUUGGUUUUAAUAAACUAAUAAAAUGAAAAUUUAUAUUAAAUUUUAAUUUGAUAUGUAGACAGAGUUCUAAAAGUCUUAACGACCUAUUCUAAUAAUUUUAAUACAAAUUUCACAUUCCGUGAUUGUACACUUAUAACUUUGUUAUAAUUAACGCAAUGGUCACAACGUUUUUUCAAACUAAGUUUGUCUUUAUAUGAAGCUUUUGUUAUGUGAUAUACUAAUUUAUUUGAAUAGAAUUAUUUAAUUAGGUAUUUUAACUAUUUUUUAUGUUAUAAAUAUUGUAUGUAUAAAAAAAUGUAUUUUAAUUAAUUCAGUGAAAUAUUCGAUCCCGAAAUUAUUUCUAAAUAUGAUCUUGUACUCAAAGUCGAUUAAGAUUUUAAAGAGAAAAAGAUUUAUAAAUUCAAAUUGGUAUUAUUUAAAGUUAAAUUUGUCCCGCAAAUUACCAUAAGUGGUCUAUUUAUUUGCGAAAAAUUAGUAAUUUUAGUUAUGAAAUUUCCCUUAUAAGUACUCAACAGUUGAUUGACACUAGUAGCACAAUUGAUAAUAGUUAUUCUAAUAUAAUAAUAUUCUUAUUGCAUCAA